GGCGCCUCUGUCACAAACACAAACACGCUCAGCUGACGGAGGCUAACGGGCUAACGGGCGAACAUUAUGACUUCACGCGAUAAAAACUCGCACUAAACACACUCUCAUUAAACAUUACACACGCGUUAGAGAUUUUAUUUAAAAAAAACACGCAGACAAACGCUCCUCUGAACUUUAAUCCGCGUUAAAUCCGGAAACAGCGGGAUUUCUGCGCCGUUAGCAUCCGUUAGCUCUGCGGCUAAAAACAUUAAACUGCAGAGGUCUGAGUCUGAGCAGUCUGAGUCGUCAUCUUUCUCCUCGCCUUCGUCUUCGUCCUGAACCAUGAUGGCGUCCGGGUACAACGCCAAAGAGGAGGACGGGCACAUCGGCGUGGCGGGGAUGGGCGGGGCUUCCCUGCGCGGGCGUAAACCGGAGAACACGGCGUUCAAGCAGCAGAGGCUCCCGGCGUGGCAGCCCGUCCUCACCGCCGGCUCCGUGCUCCCCGCCUUCUUCAUCAUCGGACUCAUCUUCAUCCCCAUCGGCAUCGGCCUCUACGUCACCUCCAACAACAUCCGAGAGUUCGAGAUUGAUUACACUGGAGUGGACGUGUCCAGUCCGUGUUUUAACUGCGCUCAGAACUUCAGCUGGAACAGCACCAGCCCCUGCACCUGCUCCAUCCCCUUCUACCUCCACCAGGCCUACGAGAGUAACGUGUUCAUGUAUUAUGGACUCUCAAACUUCUACCAAAACCAUCGACGCUACGUCAAGUCCAGAGACGACAGUCAACUCAACGGAGACCUGACCUCCCUCACUAAGCCGAGUAAAGAGUGUGAACCGUACGCCUUCCACGAAUACAAACCCAUCGCCCCGUGUGGAGCCAUCGCCAACAGCAUGUUCAACGACUCCCUGGAGCUGUUUUACAUCGAUCCGAACGGGACUCAUGUUCCGGUGGCUCUGACCUCGACGGGAAUCGCCUGGUGGACGGACAAACACGUGAAGUUCAGGAACCCCGGGGUCAGCGCCAACCUGACGGCCGCCUUCCAAGGCACAGUGAAGCCGGUGAACUGGCGCCGCCCGGUGUACGAGCUGGACGCCGACCCCGAGAACAACGGCUUCAUCAACGAGGACUUCAUCGUGUGGAUGCGCACGGCGGCGCUGCCCACCUUCAGGAAACUCUACCGCGUCAUCCAGAAGAAAAGCAACAUGGUGCCCACUCUGCCACGCGGAAACUACACUGCUCCUCCAGGUCCACCUUGUACAUACUUCCCGGUGCGGAGCUUCGAGGGCCGUAAGCGCGUGAUCUUCAGCACCGUGUCGUGGAUGGGGGGGAAGAACCCGUUCCUGGGCAUCGCCUACGUCACCGUGGGCUCCGUCUGCUUCUUCCUCGGCGUCGUGCUGCUCUUCAUCCACCACAAGUACGGUAACCGUAACAACAACGCCGACAUCAACAACUGAGCGAGCGCAAUGUCCCGUACGCCGAGAAGUACGAACUGUUUUAGCCAAAAGGAAACGAUCGAACGAGCUGUAAACAAACGCACACGUCCAACUUUACCAUGAAAGUAAAAAAAUAAAUACCGUAUUUUUUGGACUAUAAGUUCGCUCCAGCCAAAAAAUGAAGGAAAAAAAAACAUAUAUAAGUGCCACUUUUAGGGGGAAAUGUAUUUUGUAAAAUGAGAGAUCAGGAGCCGACAUUUCCUGUGUGAAGUCAAGUUGUGGUAAAAACAAUAGAAGAGAGAAGAACAGACUGUUAACGUCACAUAUGAACAGUUCUUCAGAUAAACUAGAACAUAAACAACAGAACAAGUUUAUCAAACUCUCCAUCUCACUCCAAAUCACUAAAUCCAUUCAAUUCUUCAUCCUCGUGUCACUUCUGAACAACUCGACCUCCGGAGGUAAACAGAGACACAAACUCUUCUGUGUCGCUGUCGUCAGACUCAGACUCAGUUCAGUUAGAAUUAUUCUGGUCUUUCUGAAUCCAGACAGGAUGGUUUCAGUGUCACUGAAGGACCUCGGGUUAGACCUGGUUUAGAUCUCGGUUAGACCUGGUUUAGAUCUCGAGUUAGACCUAGGCUAGACUUGGUUUAGACCUCGGGUUAGACCUCGGGUUAGACCUUGGGAUAGACCUCGGGUUUAGACCUGGUUUAGACCUCAGUUAGACCUAGACUUGGUUUAGGACAGCUUCCAGUUCAGACCUUGGUUUAGACCUUGUUUAGACCUUGUUUAGACUGGGGCUAGACUUUGUUAUUAGUAACUGGAUUAUUUGGGUCUUUCUGAAUCCCGACAGGAUGGUUUUGGUGUCACUGAAGGACCUUGGGUUAGACCUGGGUUAGACCUAUUUUAGAUCUCGAGUUAGACCUUGGUUAGACUUGGUUUAGACCACGGGUUAGACCUCGGGAUAGACUUCGGGUUUAGACCUUGGUUAGACCUUGGUUAGACCUAGUUUAGACCUGGCUUUGACUUUGUUGAAUCCAGGUCUUGAUUCUGAUCAUGGUUAGACCUGUUUUAGACCUCAGUUAGACCUAGACUUGGUUUAGGACAGCUUCAUUUAGUCCUGGUUUAGACCUUGGUUUAGACGGGGACUAGACCUGGUUAUAUUUACUGAAUUAUUCGGUCUUUCUGAAUCCCGACAGGAUGGUUUCGGUGUCACUGAAGUCCAGACUUUGUCCGUCCAGUGACUUCAGGAAAGUUUCAUGGUUCAUCCUCCCGGUGUCACAAGUUUCUCUCUCACUCCAAACUUUCUUUCUGCUGCUCGAUUUCCGUUUUCAGCUGCAGAUUUCACGACUUGCAGUUUGUAAUCUGCAGAGUCUGAUUUUGUUUUUGGUUUCAUUUGUGUUCAGUCUUCUCAGUCUUUGUCUUUAUAAGUUUGUUUAAAUUUAAAGUAACGGUGCGAUCGACUGACAUGACACAGACAGGACGGAGGCUCUUUCUGCAGGAGACAUGCGCAGUAGAGCCAAGUGACAGUGGUGCAGGAGGAACAGGAGCAGCAGAAAUCCUCACACACACAAGACUAGAACCUCUCCACACUUCACCAAAAACAUUUUAAUACAGAAGUCACACCGGAGAACAAGUCACAGGAAACACACAAACCAUGAAAAAAAAGUGACACUUAUAGUCCGAAAAAUACGGUAAAAUAAAUAAAUAAGACCAGACGAGAAAAUCGAGCUGCUGCUGUAAGAGCUUCUUGGACACGUCGCUUUUUUUUGAUACUGAAACUAACGAUUAUCCACAGACGCAAACCGCCAAGACACUCAACCUGCUGUUCACACUCUGCAGCGACAUCUACAUGUGUGUCUAUGGCGGAAUGUUCAGCAGUUACCAUGGUGACACAGUGCGCUCAUUAGUAAAAAAAAAAAAAAAAUCUGUCUGAAAACACUAGAAAAAAACAACAACAAAACGAUUUGAUUUGAUGUUGCUGUGAUCAGUCCGAGCGUUCGUGUCAUGUCCUGUUCAGGAGUUUACAGUUUGAGUUUACAGUUUUGUAUUACUGGACCUUUAAGGAUUUAAUUAUGACUUAUAAUUUUUUCUUUUUUUUUGUCUUUGAUACAUAAUCUCAAACUGUUUACUUCAUAUAUUUGAGUCCUCUGUGCGUGGAAUCAAAUAUAUAAAGGAGUAAACACAGAGAUGAAACACUGACACGUGAGUCCAAACUUCGACUGAUAAUGUUCACGUAAAAAUACAGAUAAUCCAGUUCAAUUCAUCUUUUUCGCAUUUGCCCAGAAGUGCCGCGCUUUAGGUUUGUGGAACUUCUGAUUCAGUUCUGUUCAACUCCUCUAUUGUCAUUGUCACAUAAAAUCACAACAAAAUGACGUUAGAGCAUCACCACAGCUGCACAGUAGGUUAAAAAGUGUAUAAUAGUGUAGAGCGCCCCCCUGUGACUGUCACUGUCACUGCGUAAACGUUAACAUACAGAACUAGUAAUAAUGUCAGUGCAGGCACAAAAUAUAAAUAAAUAAUCCCUGUGUCGUUCGUUCAUUUGUUUUUCAAUAUAAAACUAAAAAUAAUAAAAUGAAAAAAACAACGAUUUUCUUCAUUAUUUGUCUCCAAAACCAAAAUGAAAAAAAAAGAUAAUGAUUCAUUUUUUUGUGUUUAAACAAAAAAUGGAAAAAACGGAUCUCGACCGUUUCCCGUUUACGUGACUCCCACGGCUGCGAUGACGGACUUUUGCACCGAAUACGGAUGGGACCAGACCGGGACCAGACCGAGACUGAGAUCAGAACCAGACCGGGACCAGACCAAGACUGGGACCAGACCGGGACCAGACCGGGACCAGACGGAGACUGAGAUCAGAACCAGACCGGGACCAGACCAAGACUGGGACCAGACCGGGACCAGA